AUGCGCACCCACUCUGGAGAGAAGCCAUAUCAGUGCCACAUCUGUUUAAAAUCCUUCUCUCAAGAUGCUAAUCUAACAGCCCAUCUGCGAAUCCAUUCGGGUGAAAAGCCAUUCAAAUGUUUGGUUUGCGAUCGCAGGUAAGUAAAAAUUAAUGCAGAAGUGACCAAAUAGAAGUUGCAGUUAGCAGUUAGCCCGAAUUUCAGCCGUCUCCUCAAGUCGCAAACUCCCAAGAGAGACAUCAUCUCUCUUGGAAGUUUGCGACGCAAGGAGACGGCAGAAAUUCAGCUCGUUAUCGCAUCAGCCAGCGAGAGAAAAUGAGCGCUCGGGCUAGAAUAAAAAUGAAAAAGUAAUGGAAACAAUUCGAAAGACCUUUUCUCAGUCCUAAAUAUCAAAGAGAAGAAAUAUUAAAUUAAAUAAAAAAUAUAAACACCCGGUGCAAUGCAGGCUAAAGUAGAACUUUGGUAAGUUUAUUACAGUUUAACUCUUUCACCUUGAUUGCACCAGCAGAACUCAGUGACUAGUGCAUCAAAAACAGGUUGUGUAGUUUUAUUCUAUGAAGUGUAUCGUUGCCAUGAAAAGAAGAAUAGUUUUCAAAACAAAUUAUCUGUCAUUUCGAGACACACUGUAGAAAUUAGAAAGUUGAUACAUUUCUUUUUAUCUGGAAUUUCGUUUUGUAAUGACGCGAGAGUAUUGUUCAUUCGCAAAGCGAAUUACGUCAAGGAACUGGACCUUUUUAAGUUAAGGGAGUAAAUACGCGUUAUAAUUUAAAAAUCAGUCAUAGUCAGGCAUUCUUGGCCCUAUAUUUAAAAAGAAUAGGAAAGAUAUAGGUUGAACUCGAAUUUUUACUUCUGUACCAUCUUUAGGUUUGCCCAGUCCUCUUCAGUGACCACCCACAUGCGUACGCAUACUGGAGAGCGUCCAUACCGCUGUAAAAUAUGUUCCCGUGGAUUUGCUGACAGCUCCACGCUGACCAAACACCUGCGGACUCACACUGGAGAGAAGCCGUACAAGUGCAAGAUUUGCCAGCUCAAGUUUUCGCAGUCAGGAAACCUGAAUCGCCAUAUGCGUGUGCAUGAGCAUUGA